AUGUGUAAGACUCCUGAUAUCCCAGUUCAAGAAGACGUCUCGACCGUCGACAAGGACUGGACUGACAAAGACAUUAAACCUUCCGAGCGCAAGGCUCGUGAUCGCAUCUUGCCUAAUGGUGUCGUCCUCAAACUGAUGAAGAGAUCUGACUGGCUUGGAACCAAACGUUUCCUUUCCAACAUGUCCUUUAUGUGCUUGACAGCAUAUGCGAUUUAUCGCACCGGCAUGCAUUCCGAAUUUGCGGAAGUGGAGAACUUGCGACAACUUUUGUCGGUACUCUCUUCGCCUAAGAUGCUAACCUUUGGUCCACUCUACUUCUUCUAUGGAUUCCAAAUGCAAUGCAUGGGCUUUGCGGGAGGACACGAGUUGCUCCAUGGAAAUGCCUUCAAGACAAAGUGGCUCAAUACCGUUGUAACCUUCUUCGUCAGUACUGCUUUCUUUGAAGUCCUUUGGCACGAAAAGAUCAACCACAAGCAACACCACAUCUACACCCUCGAUAUUGAUCGAGACCCCGAACUUACAAGCUUUUUCUCUCGAAAGGAGCUCGAGAAUCCCAACUUCAAGAGUGCUUCAACUUCUCGAUACAAUUACUUCAGAGGUUUCUGGAACGUCUUCAGCCACCUCUAUCACCGCAUGUGCCGCCUUGUGAGUUCUUCGAUGGGAAUUCUCACGGACUAUACAGGAAUUUGGUGGAGCAUGAAGAGCCCCACCCCCGAGGAAUUCUCCAGCUCUGUCGUGUCUGAGCUGCAAUUCUUCUCGAUUCUCCAAUUGGCAGUUUACGUUACUAUUUUCAGCACCUAUGGCAACAAUCUUGACAAUUUCAAGACAUUAUGCUUCUGGUGGACUGCUCCUUGUGUCAUUGGUUACGCUCCCAUCAACUUCAUCCGCAACGCUGAGCACUCUGAUUGUGACCGCGUGACCAACCAACUUCAUGCUACGAGAACCGUAGAGUCCACCUUCUUCCUCCGGUGGCUACUUUGGGAAACCAAUUUCCACGCUGAGCACCAUGCUUAUCCUAUGGUUCCCUUUUUUAACUUGCCAGUUCUUCAUGACCUCCUUGAUGAUCACAUUAAGCACAAUGAAAUCAAGUCCUUCACCCUUCAAAACUGGGCUAUGAUUCGCCCCGGAGGCUGGAUCGAUGUACAGAAUUCAUAA